CUCCCUCAUAAUUUCCAUUUUCCUUCGGCUUCCUCUCUCUCUCUCUCUCUCUCUCUCUCUCCCUGCGAGUCUCGAUCUCAACCUGCGACAGUCCCCCCCGAUCUCACCCUGACCCAGUCCCCCUGACCCUGAUCCAGUCCCCCCCGACUCUCGUCUCUCUCUCGCCGAGUCACCGCGUGACCUCACCCUGACCCAGUAACCACCCCCGCAGGCAGCGGUCGACACGGUGAAGUUUGAGGACAGUGGGGGAGUGAAAAUUUACCGUUCGGAUUCCUAGGGAAGCGAGGUCGGAUGAAGGGGAGCCAAAAGACAGCGCCGGAAAUUGAGGGCUCUGCACGGAGUGGAGGCCGGUGCCGAACGGAGGGAGAGGGAGAGGGAUUUUGUCAAUAUGGGUUUCGGGUUAGGUCAUCUGUAUGGAUGGGAGGGAAUUUCUAUUUCAGAUCGAUUUUCCUUUUUUUUUUUUAAAUAAUUACGUGGCAUGCCAUGUGGCAUGACGCGUCAGUCGGGACUGAACGUCAGGACAUAACCUCGGUGACUGUAGAAGAACUCCAAGUUAUACUAUGAGGUGCAGUAAAUCAAAAGCAAAAAAGUCAUACUCCCACCAAAGGCGUAUUUUGCAAAAUAAUAUCAACGAAAUUUGUGCUUCCGUUUCCUUGCUGGUGGGAGUGUUCUGCUGGUUUCCUCUUCUCUCCAUGUGCUUCUUGUUUUUCACACUCACCCCUCGAACACAUACACAGCACUGACCAUACUUUUUGAGGUUAGACUUCUCAAGGCUUAAAGUCUUGUACCUUGCUGUCCAGACACUCAGGGAGUCCGGCCAUGAACACGUUUUCGACGCCGUCCAACACCCGCUUCAGCUCGCUCAAACCUCCGCCCUCUUGGAGAUUAUUCAUGGUCUAGUAGAUUGGUUCCAGGUUGUAUUUGACGUGGGGUAUCUUGUGGAGUAUCCCUCAGACUCAGAGUCACAUACUUGUGACCUCCCUGGUGAUCAGCUGGUCCAUCACUGAGACUCAUCUGGUGUAAGAUAUCCUAAUUCUACAUUUUCAGAGCCUCAACCAAGAAAAAUUGCUUUAGGUCUAAUGGCUGCUAAAACUUGCUUUUAAAUUCAAGAUUGAAGGAAUGGAGAAGUUGAAGUGCACAUAGAGCAAAGGAUUAAUAUUGAUCAACAAAGAUUCUCUGGCUGCUACAGUUCACAGCUAUCCUACCAUCUUUUUGCAGGAUAAAUGGAGCCUAGAUGGAAAGGAAAGGGCUUCAAGGCUAAAGCUCUUGCAGAGCCCAUUUCAAAGAUUGUAUCCCAACUGCGGUCAUCUCUAAUUCAAUCAGAUGCUCACGGAUUGCUAGUUGGGUGCAGUGUACUAAUAGCAGCAGAAGCAGAACAAAUUGAUCUUCUCGAUCGUGCAUGCUUUGGUAACCACAAUACUACAGCUGAAAAGGACAAGGAGUGGUUUCAGCUGGGUUUGGAAGAAGCUUUUUACCUAUGCUAUUCAUUGAAAUGCCUCACAAUUGUGAGUGACGAUCAUUGUCCAAAGAAUGAUGUAGAGCUAUGGCAGUGCAUGAUAUCAAAAAAAUCGGCUUUCCCUGAUUUCUACAAGGCUUAUGCGCAUCUUCGAAUGAAAAAUUGGGUCGUUAAGUCCGGUUCCACUUACGGUGUGGACUUUGUCGCCUAUCGGCACCAUCCCUCUCUGGUCCAUUCUGAAUAUGCUGUGCUUGUUUUGUCCGAAGGAGAGGAUGAGGUAAAUGGCCGAUUGAGGUUGUGGUCUGAUCUUCAUUGCACAACUCGACUUAGCGGAAGCGUUGUGAAGACGCUUUUAGUUCUGAAGAUCAAUAAAAAUGGCAAUGGUGCUGCCUCUUCAUCAUCUUUGGAGAAAUACACCGUCAUAGAGCGCACAAUCACAAGGUGGCGUCCUGAACAAUGCCGUGAAAAUCCUAUGAUAGACGAAAAGAUUACCAAGCAACGAGAAGCUCUUGGAAAAGCAGCAACUUUGAAGACGAAAUUUAUCACAAAACAGGAUGUAAAAUUGAAGAAGGGCGUAGUUGGAAUCGCAAGCAGUCUUAUUGUAGUUAGUGUUAGUCUUACUUUAGUUCUUAUUUCCAUUAUGGUAAGUCGUCGGUUUUGUUUAAAUUAAGUAUUCUUGAGUUAGUAUUUAUUGGAUUUAUGAGUUGGUGUUUACCAUUUACAAGAAAGUGGAGCUAUCAUACCCCGUAGUCCGCAGCUGCCAUUCUUCGUUGUAAGCUUUGGAUUGAAAGAGAUGGCCAAGCAUUCCAGAAAGUGAAUUACCUUUCUCUUGA